UGCAUUCAAAACGCCAGUUACUUUGUCUGUGGUUGUAAUCGUUUUCUGUUUUGUGUCUGGAUUCCUAGGCUUACUGGGCCUAUAUCCUUUGGCCAACUUAGCCAACCUCAUGACGGGCUUGACUCUGGUGACUCUCUGUACAUGGGUUUAUAUCAGAUAUUCAGGAAGAAUGCGGGUUAUUGGAACGGUGAUUGAUUUCAUAGCCGAAGCAAUUGGGGAAAAUGCUGUCCGGCUGCUGUACUUAAUCAUGGCAGGAUCGGGAUUGGAACAAGUGACUCAACGAAUGACUAAUAUAACGAUGGGAACGCAGGUUGCAGCAGGAGUUGGUAAUCACACCAGAGCAAAUGUGUCGAAAGCCAAAUCAACCUGAACAUAUCCGGCUAGACCUUACAUGGGCACUUUGUUCGCUGGUCGCCGCCCGAGUGCCUUACUGAAAUAGGAAAUUAUACCCUAUCGAGACCAACUUGAAAGGGUUAGAAUUUUAUUGCCUGAAGUGUUUGUAGAAAAAAUUUCGUGGGUGUUAUCUUUGUGAAACAGGCAUGCCAUUCAUUUAUUUGGCGUCUUUCUUGUUGGUCCCCGUGUGCCAUUAUUUGCUAGUUACUCAUUUUUUUUUGUAUAUGGGUUCAUUUGAAUUUAUUGGUA